AUGAGACGAGUGCGGACGCGACCUGCUCGAUCUAGGGCAUCCCCGGUCAUCGAAGCGGCUCACAUACGACGUCCUGCGAUAGCACGGCGGAAUCCUUCGCGGCGUCGCCCACUGGUCGACGAGCCGCGAGAGCUGCACAGGCGCGGCCAGAGGGCUGAACGGCCCGCACCCAGCGCAAAUCAGGCUGGUCUCCAGCGGGCCUUGUCAGCAUUGGACCCCUCAUCCCUGCAGCAGCGACCCCGCGAACACCCUUUCGAUGGCACAGUGUGUCAAUGCCCAGGAACCUGUUCGCCGAUCCCGCGGGUCAUACUGCGCAUCCCGGCUGCUUCAGGGCCCCGCUGGGCACACGAGAGUGCCGACGGCCCUGGCGCCGCUCACAUUGACUGUACGGCGGGCAGAGGAGCUGUUCGCGUCGGCACCAGCGCGGGAUGUGUGGUGUGCGGACAGUGGGAGCUAGUGCGGCUGCCGAAGCUCUGCAUUACCAGGAAACCGGGAGUCGCAGGCCGUUGGCAGAGUCAGGCCGCGCUUCGUGUCGUUAAAUAACCAAUAAACAGCUAUAAGAUUGAACUUCCAUUUUUGGCUUCCCUCAAGACGCAAUCCCUGGAUCUGCCCUCCCACCGUCCCACGCCGUUAAGGCUCGCUGGGAUCACAG